GGAAUGACCCCAAAGCAUCCAGCAAACAAACACAUCUUCUCAGAAAGACAAUAAACAAACACAAACACAUCCUCAUGAAUCCCAUCAGUUCAGAAAGCUCAUCCGCCCCUCGCAGGUCGAUGUCAGACUCCAGCCUGCCAGCACCACUGCAAGACCUCGUUGACAAGGCGGAGAAGGAGAGAGACCUGUACGAGGAUCCCUGGAGUCGGAUUCCAGGUCCACAGGCUUCGAAACAAGUCAACCAGCCAGAGAAGCCCAGCAAAGAACAAGGCAGCAAGCGAUCAAUACUCAAAAAGCCUCGUCUGCCGGCCUCGCUGCAACGUCUGAUCGACAAAGCUGAGGUCGACAGGGAGGUCUAUGAAGAUUCUUGGUCUAGAAUUCCACGAGCCCUAGGCUGGGGAAAAUAUAGCAAAAAACAAGACACAAAGAAGCCGGUAACAAAGGCUUGAGGCGAGGACAGCUGAGUUGUACAGCACUCGAGGAUGCUGUCUCCAUACUCCAAUCACAACUUCUUCGCGACCUAUGACCGCUUGUCACAAACCAGACGAUGACAAUUCGCUGAACGAAUCAAACGAACCAACAAAGCAAAGAUGACGUCCUUGCUUUGACCAGCACGCCGAGAAGGCAAUUUGCUGUUGCGCAUAAUAAUAUGUGCUGUUAUCAGGGACCGAAGACCGACGCCAUCUCCUGGCUGAUACGUUGGUCCAACCAUGGCGUCGAGGUUGAUCCGUCAUGAUGGAGGCCACUAUCAGAUGGAACGAGGUCUCGGAUGUAUGACUAGACUAGAACCGGGGCAGUUCUUUGGGUGCGCUCCGGUUUUGAUAAUAAUAACCCAGACCUCUCUGCAUGAUCCUGCUCUGUGCCGUCGGUGGUGCUGUUAGGUCACAGUUAACAACGCAAAUGUUUUGAGAAAUGUUGGGCAAUAUCAGCUGGUGAAGCUGGUGAAUUUUCCAUUCUGCUGGGCACGCGACAUAACGAAGAGAAUCGUCGGCUGAUUGGCGGCGCCACACGCCGGGUGCCCAGGCAGUGGCGCUGCACGAUCCCGGAUAUGGCGUUGGUAUCUUGCCUAUCUGUAUGAAGGAUCAAGUAGUGGUGGAAAAUCAGUUGAACUGCUUGCUUGCCGUCAGACCCAUCGGCCUAGCAUCGAUGUGUCGGUCUUCGAAUUGAUCGCAAUCACCAGAAACUCUUGGCUGUCCUGAAGAGGUCUGCGCUUCGAGCGUUUAGGCGAACUGCGAACCUAGACCAGGUUCUGCUUUCAGGGAGAAAUACUCCGGAGGUUCUUAGCCUUCCCCAAAGAACCAG